AUGCUACAGUACUACAGAUCUCUAUACUCAUCUGAAAAGCUUGAUGAAAAUACCCUCCAAGCAAUUUCCCCUUCAGUGGAUAACAUCACAAAUGAUCAGCUGUGCAGAAUUCCUGAUAUUGAAGAAGUAAAGCUAUCCCUAUUUUCAAUGCAGCCACUCAAGUCCCCUGGCCCUGACGGCCUACCACCAGCCUUCUUUCAAAACUACUGGGAUCUGGUAGGCACAGACAUCUGCAAAUUCGUGCAUGAUUUUUUCAACCAAGGCAAACUCCCUUCCAGCAUCAAUAAUACAAUGAUAUGCCUAAUUCCUAAAGUAGAUCAGCCAGAUUCCGCAGAACAGUUUAGGCCAAUCAGCCUAUGCAAUGUAGCGGUGAAGGCUAACAUCUUCUUAGCUCAUGAAACAUUUCACUAUAUCAAGCACAAGAAGAAAGGAAAGAAAAAAUUUGUUGCAAUGAAGUUGGACAUGAGGAAAGCAUAUGACCGAUUAGAAUGGCAGUUCAUAGAGCGUGUCCCACUUCGUUUUGGUUUCAGUGACAAAUGGGUAUCCACGGUAAUGUCUUGCAUAUCCAGAGUCUCUUAUGAGCUUCUCAUCAAUGGUGCCCCUAGGGGGUUCAUUACUCCAACCAGAGGGAUUCGCCAGGGGGAUCCUUUAUCCCUAGCUCUCUUCGUUUUAUGCUCUCAAGCACUGAGUGCUGUGCUACAGCAGGCUGAAUUAGCAGGAUUCAUCAAAGGUAUUAAGGUCCGAAAUAGAACUUCCCCUCUCUCACACUUGUUAUUUGCUGACGACAGCCUCAUCUUCUCAGAAGUGUCUAUUGAUGGGAUUCACAACUUAAAAGCUUGCCUGGACCUUUAUUGUCAAGCCAGUGGACAACAAAUUAAUCUCAACAAAUCUAGCCUGAUAUUCAGCCCCAACAUAGCUCCCAAAUUCAAAUGUUGGUUCUCAAGGAUUCUCAAAAUCAAGUAUGGAGAGUGCCCAAAAAUAUACCUCGGGCUCCCAACUGAAUUUGGGACAUUUAAACUUGAGCUCUACCGUGAGAUAAAUGAGAAAGCCACAACUAAAAUGGAAGGAUGGAAGUGCAAUUUACUAUCCCACUCUGGUAGAGAAAUAAUGCUGAAAUCAGUGGUGAUGUCAAUGAAUAACUUCGCCUGCUCUCGUUUCAAAAUGCCGGCUUCAAAUCAUAAGAAGAUUCGACAAGCAGCAACUCAAUUUUAUUGGGGAGGAACUAAAGAGAAAAAGAAGAUUUGUUGGCAUUCUCAAUACGAAGGCCAUGGACCUAUCUAUGUAGCUGAUCUCAUAGAUCAAGAGAACCGAAAAUGGAAGACUGAUUUCUUAAAUGAAUUCCUCCACCCAAUUGAUAAAGAAGCUGUUCUAAAAAUCAAGUUGGGGUUGUUUCCGCAGGAUGAGUACCAAGUAUGGGGGGGAACGAAGAAUGGAAGCUAUACAGUUAAAUCAGCAUAUCACUGGCUAUGCAAUCAGGCUGAAAGACGCUCAAACCAAUCAGCUUCAUCAUCCAGAGGUGCACAACAAAUCCCAGAUUCAGUUUGGAAACAGAUUUGGUCAAGUCAAGCAAUGCCAAAUAUCCAUAAUUUUCUUUGGCGAGCUUGUGCGGAUGGUCUGGCCACAGGAGUGGGGCUUGCUCACCGGCGAAUCACUAUAGAACCAAUGUGUCCUAGAUGUGGAGAAGUCGAAGAAUCUGCAGACCAUAUCCUAGUGGAUUGUAACUUUGCAAGAGCAGUAUGGUUCGGCUCCUCUCUAUCAUUCACUCCCCCCUUUAAUGAUCCUAAAUUAUUUAAGGUGAUAGAGAACUGGGUUCAGAUAUCUUCUACAAACAAAAAAAGAGGAAAAGAGGUUGCCAGGCUUGGCUCCUACAUCUGUUGGAAUUUGUGGCGAGCUCGAAACGAUCUCAUAUUCAGUGGAAAGAAAUGGACCCCAGAGCAGCUGGAUCAAAAGAUAAAGGAGGAGUUGGAUUCAUCAUUCGUGAUAGCAAGGGGACUAUCUUUAUGUGCGGUAUCCGAACCAACAUCCUUCUCCUCAAUUCUCGAAGGGGAAGCCAUAGCAAUUCGAUCUGGUCUCCUUCAGUGCAUUGCAGAUGGCUUUGAUGACAUAGAGGUGGAGACAGAUAGCAAGAUCUUAGCUGACAUUGUUAACAACAGGAACUCUCAACAUCCUCCCAUUGAGGUGGUCAACCUUGUUCAGGAUAUCAAAUACUUAUUCACUGCUUUGAGUUACAUAUAUGCUGAUUUCUAUGCGGAAGCUAUAUGGGCUGGUCAUGAAAAUCCAGAGAACAGUGGACACUUCACCAGCAACCAGGUUCCUUUCACAUGUGCUAAUGACUCCCCAAUCCAAUGUAAAUUCAUAGAAGGAAGUAGUCUCCCUGCUUUGGGUUACCUAAACUCAUUUGGGCAGGAUAAUAACAAGAACCGGGCUCAUGUUCAUGGUGAGGGGAUGUUGUCUUUCAGAUUCUAA